AUGGCUGCUUUAAAGUAUACCGGCGCAGUUCCAGAUAAGCUGCUGCUCUAUUGCAAAACAAACCCAAAUCUCGUCAGUAGCGAAGUGUCAAACCAAGGUGCAUUAGACAUCGAGGAUUUGGCACAAAUAGGGAAGAAGAUUGGAACUUGUCCCUACUAUGGUUCACGAGACAUGGUCCGCUCAGCUGACCUUGUAGUCCUUCCUUAUCAAUCUUUGUUACUCAAGUCUGCUAGAGAAUCACGUGUCCUUAUUCUGAAGAACAGUGUUGUCAUCAUAGAUGAAGCUCACAACUUAGCUGAUUCCUUGAGUAACAUGUACAACUCAAAGAUCACGUCUUCUCAGUUGAAGACAGUCCUUUCCUGCCUGGAUGAAUACCUUGAUAGAUUUUACAAUGUUUUGGGAGCUGGGAAUCGACGAUACAUCCAGACCUUGACAGUUUUAACAAGGUCUUUCAUACGUGUUUUGAUCAACAAUCAAGAUGGUGCCAGCACUAUGUCUUCUAUGACCAUAAACCAAUUCUUGUUUUCCCUUGACAUUGAUAACAUAAACAUAGUAAAACUUUGUCAGUUUGUGAAAGAAAGCAAUAUAAUCCAUAAGGAUUGUGGAUAUGCAAACAAGUUAAGUAGCAUCCAAAAUCAGUUUGAUCUCCAGCUCCAUGAUGAAGGAAGCAGUAUAGCAUGCUUUCAGGCAUUGGUUGACUUUCUACGCUCCCUUCUGAACAGCAAUGAUGAUGGAAGAAUCAUAGUUGCAAAGCAAAAGCUAGGUGGACAACCUGAUGAAGCAUAUCUUAAAUUUGUGAUGCUUUGUGCGGAAAAAAUAUUUUCUAAGGUUACGCAGGAUGCUUAUGUUGUUAUCCUGGCUGGUGGAACCCUCCAGCCUAUUGAAGAAACUAGGUUCCGCUUGUGUCCAAGCUUACCACCAACUGAUAUAAAAUUCUUCACUUGCAACCAUAUUGUUCCUCCUGAGAGUAUUCUUCCAAUAGCAGUUACACGUGGACCCUCAGGCAUGGCAUUUGAUUUCAGCUACAAUUCAAGGAGCUCUCCUUCCAUGAUUGAGGAACUUGGCCGUUUCAUCUGUAACAUUAUAACAGUCGUGCCUGAGGGAGUUGUUAUGUUUUUUUCUUCAUAUGAUUAUGAAAGGCGUGUAUAUGAUGCAUGGAUGACAACAGGCACAAUUUCCAGGAUUUCUAAAAAGAAACAUGUUUUCAGAGAGCCAAGGAACAGUGCUGAUGUCGAGGCUGUCCUCAACAAAUACAAGGAGGCAAUUGAAUCCUGUAGUAAUUUUUCCCAAGACACAGGUGUCAAUGGGGCACUUCUAUUAGCUGUUGUUGGUGGGAAGAUUUCUGAUGGCAUAAAUUUCAGCAACGGGAUGGGUCGUUGUGUCAUAAUGGUUGGCUUGCCUUAUCCAAGUCCAUCUGAUGUUGCUGAUAUAUUACGGAAGUGCACUAGAGGUGGAAGAGAGUAUUAUGCGAAUUUAUGCAUGAAAGCUGUGAAUCAAUCUAUUGGCAGAGCAAUCAGGCACAUAAAUGACUAUGCUGCAAUGCUAUUGGUUGACUCGCGUUGUGCACAGACUUCAUCAACCAAGAGUUUUUCCUGCCCGGCUGAUAAGCUUCCUCAAUGGAUAAAAGCACGACUCUCUUGUGCUCAAAACUAUGGAGAAGUUCAUAGAUCGUUGCAUCAGUUCUUCAAGUUCAAUAAAAAAAUGUUGAAAUACUCUAGAAACCAUCGUAGCAUUGUGUUUGUGUAUCCUUAUGCUGCUUACUUAUGA